AUGGAUGACAUAGUUCAGGCUCAUGCGCAUGCAAAAGAAGAAGACCAAGGCUCGUACGACGAAGACGAGACUGAGCAGCUGAAGGAUUUAGCCACCUACCUCGAUGUAAAGCAUGCUGCCGGUCUUGAGACUAUCCAACAGCUCAAAACUUUGUCGUCAAUUCCGACCAUUCUCGCACUCAUCACAGACCCCGAACUUCGCGCCUUUCUGUGCGCACCAGACGUGGAAAAGCACUUCGCUACGUUCAAGUACUGCUCAGAACUCUUUCCAGUCAUGGGCAGCUACAUCCAACAGCGUGCUCCAAACAAGUUGUUUGUAGAGACCUUCUUAUUCCUGCAGGACAAAGCGAAGAAGGCGACGGCGUUACUAGAGUGUUUCCAAAUCGUUCUCGAGUGCCUUCUCAACUACGAGCCCUCUCGACCAGAAGAGCACUUCAACGGUAGCGAAGCCCGAUUGGAGUUCUUUGGCGAUAUGCUCAAGUGUAUGAUUACCAGUAGGGAUCUUGAAGUUCCUCCGAUCGCCUUCCAUUUCCAUGAGAAUAGCUUUGUAGUUCCCGAAGCCACCAUUCAGCAACUUGAAGAGAAUCAGGACGUGCCGCAAGCUUGCACCGAGAAACAGGAGAAGAACUCGGAGAAGAAACCAUCGCGGAAGGAGCGUGGCAUUCUGAAUAUACAUCACCUGGCGUUCGACCCAGAGUCACUGAAGGGACUACUGGACGACGAACCGUCUCGUAACUUCGAGGCAGUACACGUCGCGUUUCCGGAAGAUGAGAAUGCUGUGGGUAUAGACGUGGAGGACGAGCAGGGUAACAAGCUCGUUUGGAGAGAUGGCAAGUCGCAUAUCAUCUUCGCUGUUACCAAAGCUGAAGACAAGACUGCUGUCAAAGAGAUGAACGAGCAACCGACAAAGCCUAAAGAUGAGCUUCAGACUGAGCCAACGAAGACGACAUAUCAACCAACAGGCGGCUUUGGUUUCGAUUACUCAGACGAAGAAGAUGACACACUUUUGAACAAUGAAGUGGCCGAAACUAAGGCGAUUGCGGUCGAGAGCGUCGACAUGUCCUCAGACCCAUCACCAUACCUAUGCAUACCCUCCUCCCCACCCGUAUCGGCCGCAGAGUGUUCAUUCCAGUCUCAUUCAUCUAGUGCGUCUUCUCCAUCCUCACCAUCCCUUCCAGCUCUUCCGAAUACAUCCAAGAAUGAAGACGCGGAAACAAGCCAACCAAAGAGUGGCUCCUCCUCACCAUCGUCUCGUAAGCGCAAGUCGUUAUCGAGCGAGUCAAGCGAAGACAAAAAAGGCAUCAGCAGUGACGAGGAAGAAGAUAAACAACACUCCGACCCUCCCAUGAAGCGAAGCUGCACGACCAGUCUAUCUUCCUCCUCUUCCUCCUCUCGAUCUACGACGCCUGUAGAAGCAACGUUGCGCAAUUUCCCAUCAGCACCAGCCUCACCUUUAGCGGACCUACCUCCUCUACCAUCUUCGCCUGCAUCUCCAGAUAGUUCGUCGUUGUCUUCUGUAUCGUCUUAUGUGGACUCCGCAUCAUCGCCUCAGUCGCCUCCUGCGCCCCUUCCGCCGCAGCCAACGACGCCACAGCACCGCAUGCAGACGCGUGCUAUGACACGUAGUGCAAGUACCACACCAGCGCCUCCGGAUGUGGCAUCUACGAGAGCAACGCGUUCAUCGAGGAAAUGA